AUGUCAAUGAUUGGACAUAAAAUGUUAUCAUGGCUGGACAAUAGAUUACGUGCUGGUACUGGAAAGCAAGAUAUCCCUUUUGGUGGUGUGUCGGUAAUUCUAAUGGGGGAUUUUGGUCAAUUACCACCUGUUGGUGAUAAGCCAAUGUAUGUUUCAGGUAACGGAACAGUAGUAAGUGAUCAUGGACAUAGUCUGUAUCUGAUGUUUGAGUCUGUCAUUAUUUUAGAUCAAGUUAUGCGUCAGGCUGGUGAGGACCCCACGGCAAUUGCUUUUAGAGCCUUGCUGAUGAGAAUGCGAAAUGGAGAAGUGACAGGGGAGGACUGGAAACUAUUGUUGGAGCAUUCAACAACAAAUGUACCAAUGGAUCAAUUCACUGAUGGCAUCCGAUUGUACUUUGACAAGAAAAGUGUUGCUGAAUACAAUUACAAGAAGUUAUUGCAGCUUGGACAACCUGUUGCUAAAAUUCAGGCCAAGCAUUCUGGUUGUGGUGCCAGUGCGGCCAUGCCGGACGAAGCUGGUGGAUUGGACGCUGUUCUGUUUUUAUCCACAAAAGCAGAAGUAAUGCUCACUUGCAACCUGUGGGCUGAAGUUGGUCUCUGCAAUGGCUCAUUUGGCACUAUCAAGCAGAUUUGGUUUGCAGAGAAUAUGGGUCCACCAAACCUGCCAAUAGCAGUAUUGGUACACUUCCAUAGUUACUCUGGUCCUGCAUUCCUAGAUGCAUGUUCUAAAUGUAUACCUGUGCCACUGAAAGUGUUUGAAUGGGUGGCUGAUGGAAAGUACUUGUCAAGGCAACAAGUGCCCUUGCGGUUAAGGUAUGCAAUGACUAUUCAUAAGUCACAAGGACAGACACUAACAAAAGCUGUUGUUGAUUUAGGUAAAGGAGAAAAAGUUGCUGGAUGCACAUUUGUAGCUACAUCGCGGGUAAGAUCGAUUCAUGAUAUUGUGUUUGAACCUAUGACAUUUGAUCGCCUCAAAGCAAUUGGUAGAAGUAAAAAUAUGCAAAAACGACUCGAAGCUGAACAGCGACUUAAAGUGCUUGCAGAGAAAACUGUCCAAACAUAUAGUACAAGUACGUCAUGAAUUGUCAUAGAGUGGUGUUUGAGCAUCAUCAGUAUACUGGGCACAUAUACUGUGCUUUCGAGGUUAUUUCGCCUGUUACUAGGCACAAUUUUAGGUGUAGUACACAAGUUUCAAAUCACACCAUCAGGGCCGCUUAGAAGGGGAGGUUGCAAAUGGGGCAAUUUGCCCGGGCCCCCAGAUCAAGGGGGGGGGGUCCAAAAGGUGUCAUUUUAAAAAAUUAUUUGGAGCAUGUUUUAUAUAAGUAAUGGUAUGAGAGAAAUUUUUUAGACCUUAAAUUUAUAGGUAUUGGUCAGAAAAAAUGUGUUUUAGGUGUGAUUUUAUAAGUAUUUGUAUGGAAAAUGUUUUGAACCCAAUUAAUUUUAGUUGUGUUAGUCCGGAAAUUUUUUUUUAAAAUUGGAAUCUUUUGGAUAUGCUUGAGAAACCCCCCCCCCCCACUUGCCAACAUUUUUUUGAAAAAAUAUGGCCCAAAUUUAAAUUCGCCCAAGGCCCCCAAAUUUCUCUGUGCAGUCCAGCCUAGUCCCUAAGCCUCUUAGUUCGCCUAUUGCGCGUUUCUGCAUAUUAAUAAGGUGACGGCUCCUGAGAGGCCUAGAAUAAAAUGUUUCAAGUGAGCCAAAAGUGGGGACAAAGUGUCCCCACUUGCUGUAUUGAGAUCAGUGGCUUUCGAAAAUGGCGCUGUUCUCAUGAGCGAGUAAAAUGUUUAUAGAUUUGUAUCAAAUUGACUUUUAUAUUUGCGACAAGUUGGAUUAAAAUUUUGUGGUUUUAAUAUAUAUUGAAUAGAAGCAGUGGUACAUAAAUUAAUAUACUGAAAAGACAAUGUAGUAAAGCGGAAUUGAUGCUGACAAAAAACAAGAAAUCGGUGAGAAAUAUUUUUAAAUAUAGAAGGUGAGAAUUUAUUUAUCGAUAUCCUGGGAUACCUCUGCUGUAUAAAUGUAGAAUAUUAACUAAAUACAUGGUAAAUAUAGUAAUGAUAUUUAUCAAUGCACUAUUGAAAUGCAUGUAUUCACUUGUGUUAACAAGAACGUUUGAAUAUUUGCGAGCUUUGCGAAUUUAUAGAUCAAAAUAUAGAUCUGUUAUGUACUUGCCAACAAUUUUUAUUUUAUAAUUUUUGUUUGAUGUUUAGGAAAUGUUUUACCUGUGGCAGAAAAUUAAAAUGGUGCCAAUGUGCCAUACAGGCAUAUACAGGGACAGUUGUCAAGAAAAUAUAUAAUUAAACAAGGUCAUAUUUGAAGAAUUUGGUGAAAGUGGUAUUUGUGAGUGACCAAGUUCAGGCAAAAGACAUAUUGGACAACAUGGAUGUACAUAAUUUUGCUGUUCAUCUAUUUCGUCAAGUCAGGAAAUGGCCGAACUACAGUCUGCAUAGUGUCAUAUUUGUAAUAUUUUCAAACAAGAUUCACCUGAUCACCACCCAACAAUGGCUUGUUGUUGGACUUCCAGGAACACCGGUAUUCUAGUUUAUAUUCAAAUGUUACUUGUUCGAACUAGUUUGUGUUAGAACAUUCACAAGGUACAGCAUCUAAUUCUUAUUAGAAUGUAAAAACUGAAGCAACAAUUUCAACAAGAACACUCCAGGCAGGCACAUGUGAACAGGAAUAGAAUAAAAUUUGGAGGUUAAUAUUGUUAAUAAGGGGGGACUUAACCUAAAUUUGGAUCAAGGUAGCAAAAAAAAAUUUUUUUGAAAAUCUUAUACCUCAGGCAUAGAAGAAUACUGUGAAAAGUGUUUAGUAAUGGAAUUUGCACUAUUCCGUUGUUUUUUGUGCAUUUUAAAAAACUCGUAGUCUGGUUGCCAUGGAUACACAAUGAAUAAUUCACUUGUUUAUCCACGAAAUUUCGCCUAAAACAGACAAAUAUGUUCGGAAAAAAGGGGGAAAUUAUUGUAAAUAUGAGUGACUAUAUAUUGCAUAUUACAUGACGUACAUCUCCUGUUUCUAAGCCCGCAUUUACUCAUGGGAAAACGUGUCACAGCAUUUACAUAUAUACUGGACAAGAAGUCAUCGAAUAGAGAAUUUUUAGCAACAAAAUUUAAGCUUAAAAUGACAGGAACAAACCAUAGAUCUCAGUACAGAAAGAAAAGAAAGGGAAAUGCUUUUGCUGGAGUUCAAAAACAUGCUAAAAAAGUAAGGAAAACAUCGCUGAAAGAAUCUGAAAUCACACAGUCAACACCGAGUUCAGCAUGCGGUCAAUCAUCGUCAAGUUCCAAAUGUGAUGAACCGAUAAGCGCAUCCCGACUGAAAAUGAGGCCACAAAACUCUUCAGAUUGUCCCUCAAACAGUUUGGAUGAUGGAGAAACUGUUCAGAGCGAGGGAUACAGACUUGUAGACCUGAAGAAAUUGUCAUCAACUCUGUCAGAAGCCCACGUAUGUGAAGAAGGUAAGAACUCUGAGAAACAAAACACUGUUUGCUCAGUGCAAAUGAUGUUGUAUGGCAAAAUGUGUGUUGUAGUUGAAUUUGGUUUACUUUUUUAUUCGAAAUUUUCAAAGUUUGUAAACAUUUUGAUUGCAUCUGUCUAGCAUGUUUGUAACAGUUUGUUUAUGUGCCAAUUUAAAAUUGGAAAUUUUUGUAAAUGCAUAUGUUAUGGAAUGUGGUUUUAAUUUUCAAUGUUAUUGCAUCCUAGGUCAUUUAAAUUUGAAAGAAAAUUCAUCAAUGAGAAGUGGAUUGAUGUCUGACCUUUCUGCUGAAUGUAGCUCGUGCUCCGAGGCUACAUCACUGAAAACAUCAUCUUCUGUAACCAAUCAAGGGCAAUCAUUUGAUGUGAACCGACGUGCUGUUUACCAUUCUUUGGAGACAGGUGGUGGCUAUGAAGGGCUUGUUUCAUUUUGUAGUAUCAUGAAUAUGCCCUGUAUUUCAUCUGCUGCCUACUACAAACUAGUUGACACCAUACUUGUGGCUCAAGAAGCUGAAGCCAAGGAUGAAAUGCAACAGGCAAGUCAACGACUUCGAGAUUAUAUCUUCCAAGAAAAUGGAGAGAAAAAUUGUGAUGAUGUUGUUGUCGAUGUAGCUGUUUCCUUUGAUGGGACAUGGGCCAAAAGAGGGUUUACUUCCUUAACUGGGGUAGUCUUUGUACUAGCUGUAGAUACUGGAGAAGUUCUUGACUACCAUGUACUCUCCAAAGAAUGCCGUAAUGUACAAUGA